UCCGCAGACGAGACGGUGGUGGCCGGGGCAUCGGUGGGCUCCCGCGGGCCGGGCGUGGACGAGGCCGCGAGGCUGCCCAGGCGGGGCAUCGCCGAGGGUGGACGGCAGCGGCGGAAGGAGCGGGCGGCGACAGGGGUCUGGGACGCCAGAGCCGGGCCUUGAGGGGCGCGCCUCGGGGUGGCGGUGGGUGGGCAUGGGGCGCAGGGGGCCGUAGGCACCAGGGCCUCCAGGAGCACGCGACAGCCCCCCAGGAGGCUGGGGCGCUCGGAGCCGGGCAGACAUGGAGCUGGAGCAGCGAGAGGGGACCAUGGCAGCCGUGGGCUUCGAGGAGUUCUCGGCGCCGCCAGGCUCGGAGCUGGCGCUGCCCCCGCUCUUCGGGGGCCACAUCCUGGAGAGCGAGCUGGAGACGGAGGUGGAGUUCGUGUCCGGCGGCCUGGGCGGCUCGGGGCUCCGAGAGCGAGAUGAAGAGGAAGAGGCGGCCCGGGGCCGGCGGCGGCGCCAGCGGGAGCUGAACCGCAGGAAGUACCAGGCGCUGGGGCGGCGCUGCCGGGAGAUCGAGCAGGUGAACGAGCGGCUCUUGAACAGGCUCCACCAAGUGCAGAGGAUCACCCGGCGGCUUCAGCAGGAGCGCAGGUUCCUCAUGAAAGUGCUGGACUCCUACGGCGACGACUACCGGGCAAGCCAGUUCACGAUGGUGCUAGAGGACGAGGGCAGCCAGGGCACGGACGCCCCGACCCCUGGCAACACGGAGAACGAGCCUCCAGACAAGGAGGGGCUGUCUCCACCCGGAAGCACGCCCGUGCCCCCAGAACCCAGCAGCCCAGCGCCCGGAGAGGGGCCCAGUGGGCGCAGGAGGCGGCGAGCGCCUCGGGACAUACGCCGGUCAGGGGCAGCGUUGACCCCAGAACCCCCAAUGCAGAUUAAGGUGGAGGAAGACUUCGGCUUCGAGACCGACGAGGCCCUAGAUUCCAGCUGGGUUUCUCGGGGGCCUGACAAGCUGCUGCCCUACCCGACCCUGGCCAGCCCACCCUUUGACUGACCCCUCGCCUCCCCCAAUAAACAGACCUGCCCCCAC